AUGGCCGAUAACGACGACGAGCAGCACAACAUCACUUUCGAGGGUACCUCCUCGGGUGCUUCCUUGACCUUCCCCAUGCAGUGUUCCGCUCUCCGCAAGAACGGACACGUCGUCAUCAAGGGCCGUCCCUGCAAGAUUGUUGACAUGUCGACCUCCAAGACCGGCAAGCACGGUCACGCCAAGGUCCACUUGGUCGCCAUCGAUAUCUUCACCGGCAAGAAGCUCGAGGAUCUCUCCCCCUCGACCCACAACAUGGAUGUCCCCAACAUCAAGCGUGUCGAGUACACCCUCAUCAACAUCGACGAUGGUUUCAUGAACCUCUUGGAUGGCGACUCUAACCAGAAGGACGACGUCAAGGUCCCCGAGGGUGAGCUCGGCCAGAAGCUUGAGGCUGAAUUCGAGGAGGGCAAGGACCUCCUCGUCACCGUUAUUGCCUCCAUGGGUGAAGAGGCCGCCAUCUCCUACAAGGAGUCCCCCAAGACCGAUUAA